GGAAAGGGCGAAGGGAAGGCCGAGUAGGUACGGUUCGUAGUCCGUUCUGGAGGACGCCGAUCUGAUGCCCCAAACUUCCCGAGACGUGUGUAGAACGUUCUCACCAAAGUCCCGCUCUGCCAGUCCCUAAAAGGACUUAUCAGAGAAGGAAUGGCUGUCAGGCGUCUGCCAACCAUGGUCCAGGAAUCAGUGACCUUCAAGGACGUGGUCGUGCUCUUCACCCGGGACGAGUGGGCACAGCUGAGCCCCACUCAGAGGGCCCUGUACAGGGACGUGAUGCUGGAGAACUACAGCAACCUGGUCUCGCUGGGACUCUUAGGCCCCCAACCAGAUGUGUUUUCCCAGCUGAGAAAAGGAGAAGAGUGGGUGCUGGAGGGCGCCUCGGGAGGCUUCUGCCUUGACUGGAUGACACUGCCUAUGAGUAAGACGUCUACUCCCAAGGCCGAUAUUGCUGGAGAAGAUGUGGAUCGGUGGGUGAUAAAGGAAAGAUUUACUAGAGGCAGUCACUGGAAAUACGAUGGCCUGUUGGAAUGGCAGCAUGGAGGCCAGGUGGCUGUCGCUCCCCAGAAAACCCCAUCUGUGCCCACUGAUCAAGAAGGUGAUGAACCUGCAAAGCACUGCACCAUGAGCUCCUCUUUUGUUCCAAGUCAGGGACUGCAGUCUAGCAAAAAAGCCUUUGAGUGUAGUGAGUGUGGAAAAGGCUUCAGUAAGAGUUCGACCCUUAAUAAACAUCAGAAAGUUCAUACUGAAAAACUGCAUGCAAAUCAGAAAACUGUUAUUAAAGAGAAGCGAUAUGAAUGUAGAGAAUGUGGGAAAGCCUUUCACCAGAGUACACACCUUAUCCAUCACCAAAGAAUUCACACUGGCGAGAAACCAUACGAAUGUAAGGAAUGCGGCAAGGCCUUCUCGGUGAGCUCCUCACUUACUUAUCAUCAGAAAAUUCACACCGGAGAGAAGCCUUUUGAAUGCACCUUAUGCGGAAAAGCUUUUAUCCGAAACAUACACCUUGCCCACCAUCACAGAAUACACACUGGAGAGAAACCUUUUAAAUGUAACAUAUGUGACAAAGCCUUUGUAUGCAGAGCACAUCUUACCAAACACCAGAAUAUUCACAGUGGAGAGAAACCCUAUAAAUGUAAUGAGUGUGGAAAAGCCUUCAAUCAGAGUACAAGUUUUCUUCAGCAUCAAAGAAUUCACACUGGAGAGAAGCCCUUCGAAUGUAAUGAAUGUGGAAAGGCCUUCAGGGUGAAUUCUUCCCUUACUGAGCAUCAGAGAAUUCAUACUGGAGAGAAACCUUAUAAAUGUAGUGAAUGUGGGAAAGCUUUCAGGGAUAAUUCAUCCUUUGCUCGACAUCGGAAAAUUCAUACUGGAGAGAAACCUUACAGGUGUGGUUUGUGUGAGAAAGCCUUCAGGGACCAAUCCGCCCUAGCCCAACAUCAGAGAAUUCAUACUGGGGAGAAGCCGUACACAUGUAAUAUAUGUGAGAAAGCCUUCAGUGACCAUUCGGCCCUCACUCAACAUAAGAGAAUCCACACUAGAGAAAAACCUUAUAAAUGUAAAAUCUGUGGGAAAGCCUUUAUUCGCAGCACACACCUUACUCAGCAUCAGAGGAUUCACACAGGAGAGAAGCCCUAUAAGUGUACUAAAUGUGGGAAAGCUUUCAACCAGACUGCAAACCUCAUUCAGCAUCAGAGACAUCAUAUCGGAGAAAAGUGAUAUGACUGUAGUUUAUAUGGCAGACCUUAGAGACUGAACAUGUUAACUAUUGAAUGUAAGAGAAUCCAUUCCAGGAAAUAGCCAUGAAAGCUUGCCCGAAGAUGGUCUUAUUCACAGUGUUGUGGUUUGAGAAUUUAAGAACGGCAUGCACUCCUCCUCCUUCAGAACUGCCUCCAUUGAAUAGCAGUAAUGUUUUACUGAAUUGUCAAAUAUCGUAACCAAAAUGAAGCUUCACCGCACAGAAAUUAGUUCAUCAAAUUUAUAUUUCAACUCUUAAGAGACUAUAAAAUGGUAAGAUUCAGGUCGAGAAGCAAAGGAACAAAAAACUAAGAAGAUGGCCUCUCAGCAUUUUACACCACUCCAUUCUCUUAUGUAAGAGAGUUUGCACUUUUAAUGGGACGCUUUUAUUCUCACCGACGCUGAUGAGACCCAGCAUGAGGAAAGUGCAGCCACCCGGGCGUUGGGCCAGGAGUUGCUCAGAUGGUGUUUCCCACCUUCAGCUUCAAACCACCUUUUGUCAGAUGUCCCUGACUUACGUGUCUACUGGCUGCUUACCCGUAUUCUUCCGGGACAACUCAUUUGAAUGGUGUGUCCCUCUUGAUAUAGCACUUCCUAGGUGGUGACAUCAUGUCUCUUACUAUCACCUCACUUGCCCUUAGGGAAUAUGGGGGUCUGGCCUCAUACACAGUCCACAGUUCUGGACAUGGCACCCAGACCCAGCUUUCAGAACUUGGGACCCCUGGGAGGCAGAGGUUGGGCAGACUUCUUGAGUUACCCAGUCCCUCUGGGCCUCAGCUUGACUCUGGCACAGGGACCGUAUCUAAAGCAGGGGCUGGGUGCAUGUAGACAUAACCCUCCAGUUCCACACAGUAGUUACCCCACACAGCAGUCAGGGACAUGCUCCGCUUCAGGUGUGAUGGUCCAACUACCUGUGGUGUGGGUCCACUCCACUUCUGUGACUUGACAUUGCCUGACGUACAACUGACACAGGAAGUUAGAGCCCCAAAAGCCAGUUCUCGAAGGCUCUGACCCACUCUGUUCCCCCUGGGCUGGCAGUCCUCUGUGUCCACUGCAUUAGAGCAUCCUGGCCUCUUCCCUUCUGUCCAAUUUUCUGAAUGUAUUGACUGUGUUCACAGGGAAAACGGCUUUGAAUUUCUGCUUUUGCCUUUGAAAGUGGGCCUUUCCCUCCCCUCCAUCUGGUUAUCCCACUGUCCCAUCCUAAUAGUGGUGAGCUAUAUGUGGAGUAACUCCAUGGGUCAAGACAUAGCCAACAGCAUCAUGACGGUCCCUGGCAGAACAUUGUCCAUACCCAAAAGUUUUCAUGAUACUCUGGUCCUGCAGGGAGAGUUCCUUUGCCGUCAGUGCUACCAGUAGAAAUCAGAGAUAAAGUAACAUAUGUUCCUUCACACACACACACACACACACACACACACACACAGCCUCUGGUAGCACUGUCUCCUUCCCCACCACAAAGAGCCCAUGUGAUUCCAGACCGGGACAUCCCACAUCAUGAAUGUGCAAGAGCAAGUCAGCCAUUUUUCCAGGAGGGAGAGGCAGCUUCUUGAUCUGUGGGGGUGCUCUCCAUCAAGUCGGGGAGCCCACUGGCCCCACAAUGGCUGCACCUCAACUCCCAAGUUACAGAAGAGGACAGUCUAUAUCCUGGGGGAAUCAGUGGCCUCCCAAGUUGAACAUAGACCCAGAAGCUUCUAGCGGCUUUAAAGCCUAAGUUCUCUAAAUUCACCUUUCGUUGAAUGCAGGCCACUAGUGUGGGCAGGCGAUCAGUAACACAUACUUUCUCCCCUCUUAGGCUGCAGGCGAAGCAGCAUUUCAGGAGGUUGCUUGGAACCAUUUGUACUCUGGGCCACGCAUGUUCCUUUUCAGCCUCAGGUCUAGCACUCCCAGAGUCCCCAGUAAACUUGGAAAACUACUCACCACCACAGAUACCUGCCUUCAGUACUAUCCACGUGGCCUGCCUGGUCUUAAUGAUCACCCUCCUACUCCCUGUGGGACAUUGCCCUGCUGAACUUUUUGUCCAUGUCAUCUGUUCUUGAUAGAUCUCCUGGCACCUGUCCCGUGCCAGCAGCUGAGGCAGGGCCGAGACCUGCUGUCCCUUAAGCACCUCAUUUCUUCCAGCGACGGCUCCAACAGCUGUUCCUGCACUGGAAUCCAUGCAGCCUAGAGGCCCUCAAUCUGAGAUUACUCCCUGCCCUACUUCAUGCACAGACUUCCCAGCACACCCACGCCUGCCAUCUCAAGACAAUGCGCCAGUCUCCCCACGCCCUCACCUGGACUAGAGAAAGAGGAGCCAGAGAAGCAGCCCCAGAUCCCACCCCCCACAUUAGAGCUCUCCCGGCCUGCUGUGGAAGGGCCAGUCCCACUCAGCCCAGAGGAAGGGUUUUGGAGGACAGGAUUGGCACCUAGACAUUGUUAGAUUCUUUACUGUCUUGGGCUCCCGUGAACACCCCCUGAACCUGCCAGAUCUUGGGGGAGAAAUGAUUGCUCCAAUCUCCCCAUUCAAACUUCCGAAUGCUCUUGUCAGGUCUUCCUGUCGCCAGCUCAUAGAACUUGCACCCAGGUUCUCCCUCCCGCCCUGAGUUGGCCUAGCUCUGUUAGCAGUGUUGGUCCAAGACGUAGCCUUCCUCCUCCACAUGCAGCAACUGCUUUAAGAGUGGAGGGCACCUUACACCUCCGCAGACUCGGGCUCCCGGGCUCUUGUGCCUGAGCCUUGGAACAAAACAGCCCUAAACUGCAUGUGUCCUUGGUUGAGAAAAAAACUUAAUUCCCUUAAACAUGAAUUUAGUCUAAGAGUGCAUAGCCUCCAGCUGUCUUCAUUCCUCUCCUUUCCUGCCUUAUCCCUUCAGCACUCUGUCUUACUGGAUUAGCCAGCAAGGCAGUGUGGAAACCUGAAACACCACCCUGCUCUAGCCGGCAGUAUGACGGGUCCCAGCCUUCUGGCCCACCUCAAUUCCUGCUAAAUAUAUUUUUCGUAAUAUUUUUACUUUCAGUAUUUUUAUACCAGUUUGUGAAGGGAGGAAAAAAAUGCAGGUGUGAUUGUUUGCCAUCACUCAUGAACUUCUCAGUGGUGUUCAGGAUGAUUGUCCUCGGCAAGUGCCAGGAUUUGGUCACUGGGGCGUGUUCUUACCCAUGUUGUGUUCUGCCCUGUCUACCGCUCCUCACCAUUCGUAAAAACUGUUGCCAUAGAAUGUCUUUCUGGAAAUAAAUGAGAAGAGCACACAGUGCUCUAAAGAGGCACAAAC